GCACCACAAUAUUACACAAGCACUUCAUUCCCUCCUAAAACACAAGAAAGAGUCUCUUAAUCUUGACAAUCCCCUAACAUACUGUAAGACUAGUUCUGCCUAACGACCAAGUAGUCCUAAGUGUCUCCCAACAUCAAUACAGCUCAAUAUUGACAGAUCCAUGGAAUGGUAAACUAGUCCAGAAUUGAAAAACGCCUUGGCGAGUCGCUGGUUGCUGGCGCUAGGGUAGUGCACUGCCACACCUACCAGCAGGUAACAGAGAACACACUACAGCCCUGAUACAAUGAUAGCAGGCUGUACAGGGAUGGGAGGCUAUCGUCCUUAAAGAUGAGGGCUCUGCAGUGUAUCUCUCAUUCAUUCGCUGACUCCCAGCGUAGAUAGUCACAAGGCCUGUAGUGCUGAAGAGUCUCUGGCUUCAUGUAUGCAGGAUCUGUGUGCACGGGCAAAUUUCCACCAGAUUGUGUCAUCCCAUUACCAUGCCGGAGGAGUGUUCAUUACAAAAUCAGUGAUUUGUUAAUUCGGCAUUCAACGGAUGUGUCUUGAAAAAGUCAAUCGCUUUUAAAGCUGUGUUUGAAAAUCAUUCAUGUAAAUCAAAUUCAGGUGAAUAUUUAUAAAGUUUCAUGCUUUUGGAAACAGUAUAAUGAACAUUUGCGGUACCAGUGUUAAUCUAAUCAAGCUGGGCUAUCAAUGAUAUCAAACAGCCGUCAUCCAGCCAGCUAGUAGAACUGGGUAUCGGGCUAUCUGAGGUAGCAAUUAGAAGCUUCUACCAGAAUAACCAGGGUUGUGUUGAAGUGUUGUGCCCUUGAUUUACUAUGAAUAGCAAGGAUAACAUCUUUAGCAUCCAAUCAUGCCAGCAGAGAAGAUGGUCCAUCUGACAGUUUAAGUGUCACAGCUUACACCAGCUACUGGUUUGCAUUGGAUUCACAACCUGUCACCAGAAGGAAGACUGCUUCGAUAGCCUGGUGUCAGUCGGGUUCAAUCUGGGAUGAAAAUGACAGGAAUAUUUCAUUUUGGAUUAUAAAGCUGAGUAGAUACCUAGAUACCUGUGAUGUACAGUAUGAAUGGUAGUCAUGGAAUUAACGACUGGAACCAGACAAGAGUUGCAUAUCUGACAUGGAAUUUAACAGAGAGGAAUCAGACUCAAAUAGCAGAGGAACCCAGCCUACGAUGGGGUAUCUUCGGGCUCCUCAUCAUCAUACUGUUUUCAGCGAUGGGCAACCUGCUGGUGUGUCUGGCCGUGUGCUGGGAGCGACGCCUCCAGAACAUGACCAACUAUUUCCUAAUGUCGUUGGCCAUCGCCGAUUUCCUCGUCUCUCUACUUGUCAUGCCUCUUGGCAUGAUCGUCGAGCUUUAUGGUCUGUUUCCACUGGACCCCGAGCUAUGCGUCUUGUGGGUGACGAGUGAUGUGCUGAUGUGCACCGCUUCCAUCUGGCACAUGUGCACAAUGUCCAUGGAUCGCUUCUUCACACUGAAAUACCCCAUGAGAUACGGCCGAAAUAAGACCAAGACAAUGGUGCUAAUGAAGAUAUUUUUUGUGUGGGUUGUAUCCAUUGCAGUCAGCAGCCCCAUCUGCAUACAUGGAUUUAUUGACACCUCUGUGGUCUAUCAUGAUGGAUUGUGUGUGCCCACGCUGAAAAACUUCGUAAUUUAUGGCUCAAUCUUCGCUUUCUACAUUCCCCUUUUAAUAAUGAUUGCAACGUAUGUGUUGACAAUUCGAAUAUUGUGGAAAAAUCAGCGUCUGAUGAAGAGAAUAGAAAGGUCAGACAUGCGUCCCCGCCUUACCCAUUUAAAUCAGGAUUACAAUCUGUCAAUCCCACGUCUGCUAACAUCCACCCAUGAUGCAUCUGCUUCAAGGCGUGUCAGUUUCCCUGACAGCUUCAAGUUCAAUACCUCAUACCUUAUGCCUCCAAGACGUUCCUUGCCAAAACCAACUCAGUCUUCCAGCCCCACACAAAGUCCUGAAGCUUCGGAGACAGAGGAUGAUGAACUGGACCCCAAGAGCUCCACACAGCUCCUUGAUAAAAGAUCCCAGUCCUACAAGUCGCUUUGUCGCCAUGGAGAGGACAACCUAAUGCUCAGAUCUCGUUCUAAGGAAUCCAUCUACAACCCUUCAUUUGAAGCUUCUGAUGAAGAUUGUACCAUCGACAAAACAGAAAGGAAAAUUAGAUGUGCUCGGAACUUUUUACAAGUUCCAUCUUUGCCGUUUAGUCGACACGGUCGAGGACAAACUCUCUACAAUGCUGUAUCUGACACCAAACUAGACAGUCGUAGCAAACCUAGCACUCAACCAAGGGCACUGUUCCAUCGUAGUGCCACGGGACUGGAUAAUUCCGUGGAUUACAAGACCCGGGAAUGGGAUAAGAGGUUCUUCCAGAUCCAACAGGAAAUGGAUCAGUGUCUCCAGGAUGCAGAAAAGGAGAAAUUCCGGAGAACCGACAAACCUGAGCUAAUAUUCUGUGAGGAUUUUGUUCGUUAUUCCCUGAAGCCCUUGUGUCAUUCUGCUCCCAAUACCCCGCUGAGGUCAGGGUUCACAUCCGACUCAGGAGACUCACUCGAUGACAAGGAUACUAAAUCUACGUCGUCUAGUUCGGACAUUAUAACUAUACACUUGAAAUCACCUAAAAAAUCCAAAACUUCUAGCCCCAAAAGCCUAACACCAAGAAGCCAAAGUCCACAAUCCCCUCAAAGCCCCAAUGGUGGGUUGCUCCGUGAUAUGAUCAGCAAUCCUCCGACGGAUCUACUUUCUCCUGAGGAGGAACACGUUAUGAGUGAAUCAGCCGAUAACAGCGCAGCAGACAGUGACGACCAGCAAGGAAUGAGAUUAAAACAGCGGAAUAAAUUCAAGAAAAGUUUCAGAAACACCCUUCGUAUAAAAACACGGCCAGUGAUAAAACACUUAUUAUCCAAGAAGACUGCUACAAACGAGAGAAAAGCCUCUAAGGUUCUAGGGAUCAUAUUUAUUGUGUUUGUAUUUUUGUGGACGCCAUUCUUUAUCGUGAAUAUACUGUCAGUAACGUGUGAGCCCUGCAUGGAGAGUGUGACAGCCACCAUGAUGUCUGUGUUUCUGUGGAUGGGCUAUGCGGCCUCUCUUGCCAACCCAAUCAUAUACACCAUGUUCAAUACAGCUUUCAGGCGGACAUUCAUCCGGAUACUGACAUGUAAGUUGAAGAGGCGCACCUCCAAGUACGCCGAGACUGCAUUCAUGAGUUACACCACUAUGAUGAACACAGACAGAAGGAAUACAAUGACUGUGCUCAUCAAAGACGAUUCCAGAUGACUGAGAUAGGAACUUAGGUGUAAGGCUCAAUCAAGGCAUCUCAACAGAUGCUCUACUUCAACUGCUUAUCUUCUUUGUCUCUUAAACCAUGCUGGGAUUCAUCUUAGACUGCAAGAUAGGUCCUCAUUGAGUGCAACUUGAAAUUAUCACACUUGUAUUUUCUUAACUUCAGGGGCAUUUUACUUUGCAAUAAUGCAAAAAUGUAAACUAAGCAUUAAAUCCCAAAUAAAUCCUCUUACUCUUAAUUGAUCCAGUUGUCCGUGAAACAAGUCAUCUUUGCAAAGCCAGACCAUUAGUUGCAACUACUGGGAAGAUAAGAGUAACAUCCAAAUGUAUCAUUCCAAUUUGGGAACAUUUACUGACAUUUCCCCUCACUACCAAACAUCAACUCUGAGACAGUCCAGAUUAAUCCCUUCAGCUUCAAUUAAAAAUGCCAUAAAUAAUCAAAAUACAAGUACCAAACUUGAAAUUCUAGUUAACAAACAUGGAUUUCUAAAUAUUCUAACCUCGGUAAUCGGUUAUCGUGAAUGGUAUUUUGAAUAUUUGGAAUAUUUAUGGUAUUUCAAAAGAUUUGCAUUUGUGCCACCAAAAAAAGUAAAAAUGUGUUUAGAUUCUGAACUGUUUGUGGAUGUCUUGAGAAGUAUCAUCAAUUGGUUGUUUAUUUAACAUUGUAAAGUAUCUGUUGAAAGUCCUUUUGAUCAAACAAAUUGCUGUGAAAACUUUCUACUAAUUUGUCAUGCUUCAUUGUUGAUUUUUACAUUUAUAUCCAUUGUUUUUUGUUACAUAUUGCUUGUUGCUAUUUAUUCAAUAACAUCUACACGAACGAUCACAUGAUGGCUACAUCACAAUGAAAAGAUAUACAUCAUCCAAUAAUCCUGUGAAACUUUUUAAUUCAAAUUUUAGGAAAUGUUACCAUGGUUAUUACAAAAAUAGAUUAUUUUUGGAUCAUAGGAAAUAUUUACAUCAAAUGUGUUAUCAUUGUACAUACUUAGUGAUAUUUUGUUAUUUCUGAUGUGUACUCGAUAUUGUCUGUUGUAAUUUAAUAAUGUGCCAAGCGUAACUCUAUCAAUUAUAUCUUGCAAUUUGAUAAUUGGAAAAAAUAAAUGUAUUUUCUUGUCAAAACAUAUUUGCAAUGGUUGUUUAAUGUAAGUCAGAUGAAGACAGAAGGACACCAUCCCUUCCUUAGCUUUUCUAUUGCUAAAAUACCCAUGAAGAUGCGGGUAAGAAUUGGUCUUCAGAGGCAACUAAUGGGAUCAGGUGGUCAGGUUCACUGACUUUUGUCCCUCCUACUGACCAAUCAGAUUCCACCUCUCAUAUCGCUUGAAUUUGCUUCAAACAAAAUGCCAGCGAUCAGUCAAGGCGAUCUGAGUGAUAAUAUAUUGUGAUAAAACGAUUCUUACUUUGUGAAGUGCAUCAAAUCACUUGAGCACCUCCAUUAAAAACAUGAAAAGAUUUAGAAAAUAUCUGUUGACUCCAAGUUGGU